CCCCGGAGCCCUGAAAAGUAAAGGACCGGUGCGCAUUACGCACACUUCCAGCCCCAGCUCCGGACGGGACUCCCACGCUGCUGCUGUCUCUCCUCCAAACUUCUUCGACUCAUUCCACAACUUUUCACAACUUGUCACAUCUCUGCAAAGGUCCGAGACAUCAAACUUGACUGCAUGGCUACAUGAAAGUUUCAUGGACUUGGAACUUGGAAAACUUUUAGCGGCGCUUUAUUGGAGCUCGUCGCCUCUAUAGUUACUGUGGAUUACUGACAUACCGCAGGACCUUUGGCAGCUAUUUAUUGGGGGCUAUCACUGUGUCUUGUGCAGAGGUCUGAGCCGACAUGGGGAGCAAAGCUCUGCACGCUCCGAUCCCCCUGCACCCGGCCCUCCAGCUCACAAACUACUCCUUCCUGCAGGCCGUCAACACUUUCCCCGCUGACCAGCUGCAGGGACUGUACGGCCUCAGCGCUGUGCAAACCAUGCACAUGAACCACUGGACUCUUGGUUACCCGCACAUCCAAGGACUGAGGUCGACGAUCACAGAGAUGGCAGCCGCCCAGGGUCUGGUGGACCCCAGGAUUCCCUUCCCAGCGUUACCCUUCACAGCCGCAGCGCAGCUCUUCCAUCCAAAACAAGCCGGCGUUGCGCACGGCGUCCCCUCGCUGCACAAGGACAGGCCGAGGUUUGACUUCGCCAACCUGGCCCUAGCUGCCACUCAGGAGGACCCGCCGAAAGCUGCUGAUCUGGCGAAGUUGGCAUCGGGACUAGGGGGAACCAUCUCUGAGCUGAGCAAGCUGUCCCCGGACAGAAAACCCACCCGGGGCAGGCUCCCAUCCAAGACUAAAAAGGAAUUUAUUUGCAAGUUCUGCGGGAGGCAUUUCACCAAGUCCUACAACCUCCUCAUCCACGAGAGAACCCACACAGACGAGCGGCCAUAUACCUGUGAUAUUUGCCACAAGGCCUUCAGAAGACAAGACCAUCUCAGAGACCACAGAUACAUCCACUCCAAGGAAAAACCAUUCAAAUGUCAAGAAUGUGGGAAGGGAUUCUGUCAGUCUCGAACUCUAGCCGUCCAUAAAACCUUACAUAUGCAGGAGUCUCCCCACAAAUGCCCCACAUGCGGAAGAACCUUUAAUCAAAGAAGUAACCUGAAAACUCACCUUCUCACCCAUACAGACAUCAAGCCCUACAGCUGUGGUCGCUGCGGAAAGGUGUUUCGGCGCAACUGUGACUUGCGACGGCACAGUUUGACGCACAGCCCACAUCAGGACUACUAGCCUGGACAGACUAACAAAAUAACAAUGGACAAAACGCAGGAAGACAAGUCAGCGACGUUUUUUUUUUUUUUUUUUUUUUGUCCAAAGACAAUCUCCGAAUCAGGACACGUUUACUGCAGCACAUUUUAGAGUGGGAUUUGGUUGCACCUCAAGUGUGACAGCAGCGGAGCCAUGGCCAUGUCCAGCUUUCACACCACCUGUAAAUAUCAAGACCAUGUACAUAAUGUUUAUUUUUUUUCUUUCCUGACCUUGAAAUGAUAAAGUUGUCAAAAAACAGUCAUAAGUUUAAAGUAUGUUAAAUUGUAUUUUAGAAAUAAAUAUUUCCAUUAUA